AUGGCAAGCCGCAGGGAGGAGUGCGCUCGACACAGCCCGCUGCGAAGAUGGAGGCAGCGGCUGUCAGAGCAGCCAAACACGCCGGGGGUCCGUCCGGCGUGGGCAAGGGAGCCAACCGCUGAAUGCCACCACUGUGUGGGCGGCGUGGUGGACACGGCACGGCAUACGCGCGAGGCGUGCCCCGCUUGGGCGGUCCCUCGCGCUGCCUUGUCCGCCGUGCUGGGGCCUGACCUCUCAUUGCCGACCAUGAUCGUGGCCAUGGUCAGCAGUGAAACGGCCUGGAGAGCGGUCGCCACCUUCUCAGACACAGUAAUGUCUGAGAAGGAAGCGGCGGAGAGAGAGCGGGAGAACUCCGCUGACUCUCUUCCCAUGCGCCGUAGGCGACCAGGAAGGCGGCGACUGGCGCACCUGGUCAAUAUUGACCGGGCGCCGCCUUGA